UUUUUGACGUAAUGUCAGACGAUCAAAACAGCACGUGUGAAGAUGCGUAUUGAAACUUGUUAUUUCUGCUCUUCCAGGAUAUAUCCUGGCCAUGGCAUACAAUUCGUGAGAAACGACUGUAAGAUUUUCAGAUUUUGUCGUUCAAAAUGCCACGCAGCCUUCAAAAAGAAGAAGAACCCACGUAAAACCAAAUGGACCAAAGCGUACCGCAAGACUGCUGGCAAAGAAUUGGCAAUUGACCCAUCUUUCGAGUUCGAGAAACGGCGUCAUGUUCCCGUGAAAUACAACAGAGAACUCUGGAAUAAGACCAUUGAAGCCAUGAAGAAGGUCGAAGAGAUCAGGCAGAGGCGGUCAAAUAACUAUAUUAUGCAAAGGUUAAGAAAGGGACGCGAAGUGGAGUGGCAGAGAGAUGUUAGAGAAGUCCAGCGCGAUAUAUCACUUAUCAGAUCACCAGCUGCUGGUCUUAAACAGAAAAAAACAGAAGAAGACGCAGAGAUGGAAGUGGAACCAGAAACAAUUGAAGUCGUUGAUGCUAAGGGUCGUAAACAAGUUAUCGAAGCACCCGUCAUGGUGCCUGCUACGGGAGAAAUGAUUGAAGAUGGUGGGGACAUUGAUUUAUAACCGAAAUAUGAAAAUUUUAAGAAAUAUACGGACUUAAAGAAGCAAUACAUGUCUCAUAAUUACAUCUACAAUGUUAACAUUUAGUGGAUAUUAAAUUUCCUUAACUCCUUAAGAAUCAUAACCGUGAUAUUAAAAAAUUAAAAUUAUUAAAUUAACCAAACAAUUAUGAGUUAAAACAAUAUAAAUAUAAACAUAAACUGACACUUGCUAUUCAUGUUAGUAAAGGCAAAAGUAUAAUAAAAUAAAAAAAAUACAGUUGUGUGACUGAUAUUACGUCACUGCCGUAUAUAUGUUUCUUACAGUUUUAGUCUCACAUUUUUCUCAGCUCGGUCACCCAGCCAAGCCGUAAGGAACUUCGUUCCAAAAGAAAAACAGAUUUUAUCUAGAUUGUGUGUCAACUAAUAUCUAUUAUAUCUUGCAUAAACACUUAAGAGCUGUAUAGCGUCAAUUUCCAGCUCAGCAAUGUGUCAAACAAUUUCACGCUCUUAUUUUUUUACUGCAUAUACAUAACUUCUGUAAAUUACAUGCGUUGUUCAGUUUACAAUGUUUAUUUUAAAAACAUGUAAUUACACAAAAAAAAAUCAGUAAGCUUACUCUGUAAAAGUGAUAAGUCUGACCGUUUUGUGAAUUUCUUUUUCAAAUAAAAGACUUAUUUCCUCA